UUUCUUUUUAAAUGCAACAAAACUGUCUUUGUUUCUUUAAGGAUUGUCCAGCAGUUCUUGGCUGGUCUGUUUUCCAGUUCUGACAGUGCAGGUUCCCAACCCUCCUCAUGGUCUAGCAUGCUACACUCUAACCCUGAAGAUUAUGCUUGGGGACAAGGAGGUUUAGAUGUGAUCAUCACACAGUUGCUUGGUCAGUCUGAAAAUACCGGCCCCCCUCCUGCCGAGAAGGAGAUGAUCUCAUCUCUCCCCACUGUUAGCAUCUCCUCCGAACAGGCUGCAUGCCGGCUGGAAUGCCCUGUGUGUAGAGAGGAAUACUCUGUAGGGGAAUCUGUCCGACAGCUGCCCUGUCUGCACUACUUUCACAGCAACUGUAUUGUGCCCUGGCUUCAACUGCACGACACCUGCCCUGUCUGCCGGAAAAGUCUGGAUGGUGAAGACUGGGGUUUCCAGCCACAGACAGGACCUCCUGAGGCAAUCCCCUCACCGACGAAUGUAGAGGAACGUAGCACCUUUGAGACUAUUUAACCUCCUUUUCCUUCCUUGAUUAGUUUGAUCAAUCCAGGACAAGGAGAAGCACCAUAGCCAUGUGCAUCAGUGCUUCUUGGAGCCCCUAAAAAGACCUUCCAGUCAAGUGCCUUCUAUUUCGAGAGACAUUUUAAUUCAGACAACCCUGUUUGAAACAAUAUCUGUUUGAUAAGCAUCUAUAUCUGUUCAUUUUGUUUGUAUAAUGUUUGUGAACUAAAAUCCCAUCGAGGAUGUUUACAGUCCAACCUGAGCAAACACAUUUCAACUUUGACUUCAGUUUUGAUAAUCCCAGGUUUGGAAUAAACACAGUCUCUUCGGUGGGCCCGCAGGACUGGAGCUCACAACCGCUGAGAUAGAUGAUACAGAUGCCUCAGGGGAUACGGUUCAAGUUGCACAUGCAUAUUUAAUGGCAUGGCACACGUUUACCCUAUAGCUUCUUCAGAGCUCUCGUUUCAAUAACUCACAAAGAAGUCAGCGCACAGUUCACUUUCCCUUACCUGUCAAUGGAUGACAUCUGCUUCACACAUGCCUUCGCUCUCAUAGAGGUAU